AUAUCACAACACGCCCGCACGCGCCGCCCUCUAUCCAGACGCGCCUUUUCUGUGCGACGCGGCUUGUAUUUCCGCAAGCGGCAAAAACUCUCCUUUUUUUUUGUUUUCCUCCAGGAUUGAGAGUGUCAACUGUCUUCGAUUUCCUCUAAAAUGGCUUCCCCGAAAUCUAUUGCAGUUCUAUCGGUUCUCGUGCUGUUCCUCAUAUCUUCCCGAACAGCGUCGUGCGCAGAGAGCAAGAACAGAGCAGCGGCCAAUGAGGAUGAGGAGGAUCUCAGCUUCCUGGAGGAAGACGGCGACUCCGAUUUUUCACAUUCCGAUCCGUACGGACAACACCACGACUUCGAGAACUACGACGAUCUAGAGGAAGAUCCCGAGGCCUCGGGUCACGGCUACGACGACGACGGCUCCUACGAGCCGCCGGCGGUGGACGAGAAGGACGUGGUGGUGCUGAAGGAGGGCAAUUUCAGCGAUUUCAUCGCGAAGAAUAAGUACGUGAUGGUGGAGUUCUACGCGCCGUGGUGCGGGCACUGCCAGGCUUUAACACCGGAGUACGCGGCCGCGGCCACUGAGCUCAAGGGCGAGGCGGUGGCGCUGGCGAAGGUGGAUGCUGCGGAGGAGGCUGAGCUGGCGCAGAAGUAUGAAGUGCAGGGGUUCCCCACCGUCUACUUAUUUGUUGAUGGUGUUCACAAGCCCUACAAUGGCCAACGAACCAAAGAGGCUAUUGUUGCAUGGAUAAAGAAGAAGACCGGAUCAGCUCUAUUCAACAUAACAACGAUAGAGGAUGCAGAGCACAUCUUGGCUACUGAGCCAAAACUUGUUUUGGGAUUUUUGGACAGCUUGGUGGGAUCAUACAGUGAUGAACUUGCUUCUGCUGCAAAACUUGAAGAUGAUGUCAUCUUCUAUCAAACUUCCAAUUCUGACGUAGCUAAGCUGUUCCAUCUUGAUCCGGAAGUCAAACGUCCGGCUCUUGUUAUGAUUAAAACAGAAGCUGAAAAAAUUAACCUUUUUGAUGGCGUGUUCACGAAAUCAGCAAUAUCUGAAUUUGUUUAUGAGAACAAGGUUCCUCUUGUCAACUACUUCACCAGAGAAACCGCACCACAAAUAUUUGAUAAUCCAAUUAAGAAACAGUUAAUUCUUUUCGCCAGUUCAAAUGAUUCAGACAAGUUUCUUUCCACAUUCCAUGAAGCUGCAAAGUCUUUCAAAGGAAAGCUUCUAUGUGUUUUUGUGGAGAUGGACAAUGAAGAUUUUGGAAAAUCAGUCUCAGAGUACUUCGGUAUUACAGGAAAUACCCCACAGGUCAUUGCAUAUACUGGAAAUGAUGAUGGGAAGAAAUUCUUGUUGGAAGGUGAAUUGACUUCAAUCAAUAUCAAGUCCUUUGGGGAGAAGUUUCUGGAAGACAAUCUAAAGCCCUUUUACAAGUCGGAACCUAUUCCAGAGAAUAAUGACGGGGAUGUUAAAAUCGUGGUUGGCAAUAACUUUGAUGAAAUUGUUCUUGAUGAAUCUAAAGAUGUUCUUCUUGAGAUUUAUGCUCCUUGGUGCGGGCACUGUCAAAGUCUAGAACCUGUAUACAACAAGCUCGCCAAGCAUUUGAAGGGCAUUGACUCGCUUGUUAUUGCCAAGAUGGAUGGGACGGCCAAUGAGCACCCUAGAGCAAAGUCUGAUGGAUUCCCGACUCUGCUAUUCUUCCCAGCCGGGAACAAGAGCUUUGAGCCCCUUACGGUGGAUACAGACCGUACUGUAGUGGCCUUCUACAAAUUCUUGAAGAAGAAUGCAUCCAUUCCUUUCAAGAUUCAAAAGGCAGCUUCGCCUAAGAAACCCGAGGCGGAAACACCCCCACCCCCACCUCCAGUCCAUGAGACGACUACCGCCUAUAGUGAUGUAAAGGAUGAACUAUGAGAGACCAGCUGAGACAAUGCGCCGCUGCUGAGAAACGAGGCCAACGCAGGCGUAAAAGAGGCAGAAAAAUGAUAAAUCUUUUGAGACCAAUGCAGUGUUUUUGAUAUUUGGCAGGUUUAGUUUUGAAUAUUGAAUCAUAUAUAUACUCUAAUUCUCUAAAUAAGUCGUAGCCUUUCCUUUUAAUUCUAUGCCAUUUUGUGCUCAAAAAGUGAAAUAUAGAGAAAUUCUUAUAUAUAUCUUAUGGAGUUUGAUAGAUUCUCAGUGGCCGAGCGAGCCGUUUCUGUUGAAUUUG